GGGGAUGGGACAGGACAGGACAACACAGCCGCUCGAGAGCUGGCCCCUCUCAGCAAGGCUCCAGUUGCACCGCCGACUCUUGCUGGUCCCAGGGGCGAGGAGAUGCCGGCUCCUUUAGAAGGCGGUUUUAUUUUGCUGGGUUUAACAGCGGUGUGCAGGAGGGAUGGUAGGAUGUCCGCGGCCCGGCCCUCGAGCAUGAAACCCGCUUCUGAACACGUUUUGGCUAUUGCUGCACUCCCGAGUUUCUGUUCAGCCUCUGGUAAUCAGGCGUAGCCUGUGUUUUCUGCUUUAGAGCACAAUUGUCACUUCCCUUUCCCGUGUCAAGUGGGAUGGGAUCCGCAGUCUGUUUUAAACGCCGCUUCGCAUCUGCUAAACAGGAACGCGAUAGUCCUUCUAUUAAAUAUAAGUCUCUUCUUAAAUUCCCAUAAAACAGGUCAUUGGAAAAUCGCGUAAUAUGCUGCGAAUACCUUGGCUUUGUAAUGCACUCCGAAAUGCUUCGGAGCCACCGACCGUAUUUAGCUGUUUAUCCAAUUUUACUUUGAAUGAUUGCUUCAGCAAACUUGGUGGAGAUCAAAGAAUCCCUCCCUGACAUGUUCGCUUUUCAUUAGCGCUGGGCACUGCGGUCCCGGAGCGGCCGGGGAAGUUCGCUUGGAAGUUUUUGAUACCGUUUGGCUGAGAAGUGUCCAGAUAUUUGGAGGCUUUGUCCUUUGCAGUAAUUGCCAAUUUGGCAAGAUUCACUUGAGGUGAAAAGGGCGCGGAGGAAAAAAAGCCCCCCAACCCACCCUGCGUGCAUAUGUAUGCGCGGACACACAACCGCGCUCCGUCCCUAGCUUUUAUAUCCGUGGCUGCAUCUGUGUACCUGGCUCCUCUGAUGCAGAAAGGGCCUCCUGAGGGAGUCCUGAGUGCAGGGAGUGGGCCGGACUGGGUAAAGGUGUUGGCCCCAGGCCUCCGUGGGAUCCACGGCCCUUUGGAUGUUCUUUUACUGGGGGUGAGGGAGGCGGAGUUGAACCGCUUGUUCCAGAGCAUUACCUGCUUUCACCUCUCUUUCCCUCCCAGCGAGGCAAAGGAGCGUUCUCCCCGGGGAAAGCCCCCGAGCAGAAACUCCUUCCGAUUAAUUUUACCCCCAGCAUCCCGGGUGUGUUGACAGAGGGACAUGCCUGCGAACGCGACGUGUGACGGGGCCGCGGAGCAGCCGCCCCCUCCCCGCUUUCUCUGCUCCUAUAAUUUAUUUGAGGCGGAGGCAAAGGAGUGAAGUCAUCGGGCAACGAGCAAGCACGCACACUUUGCCCCCCUCCCCUACCCCGCUUUGGUCCCCCCCGGCAGCCUCUCCUGCCGGCCUGGGAAGCCGGGGAGAUUUAGAUCUGCGAGGCUUUCAGCCAUCACGUGUUUAAAUACUUGAUAUAAAACCCCGGCGCAGGGGAUCCAGGCGGGGGGACUUUAAGACCAGCCCUCUCCAGGGACCCUUUUGUUCAGCUCUCAAACAUAAGCACCUUCUCGACUCGCCAGGACUUCAGUGGCAACUUGGCCAAGCAGGAAAAACCCGACUUUGGGAGAGCCGCCCCCGGCCUCGCAGCCCUCCGCGAUGUCACGCUCCUUCUAUGUCGACUCCUUAAUCAUCAAAGACUCCUCGAGGCCGGCUCCGUCCCUUCCUGAGCAUCAUCACGGCCAGGACUUCUUCAUCCCUCUCAGCAUGCCUUCCCCCCUCGUCAUGUCGGUGUCGGGCCCGGGCUGCCCGUCCCGAAAGAGCGGCCAGCAGCCGCCGCCCGCAGCCUCGGUGCCCGCCGCCGCCGCCCUGGGACACCCUGCGCAUCACCCCCCUGCCUGCGGCGCCACCGCCUACAGCGUCAGCGACCCCCGGAGGUUUCACUGCCUCGGCAUGGGAGGGUCCGAAUCCAGCCAAAUUCAAAAUGGGAAACGGAUGAGGACUGCUUUUACCAGCACCCAGCUCUUGGAGCUGGAGAGGGAAUUCUCCUCGAACAUGUACCUGUCCCGGCUGCGCAGGAUCGAGAUAGCCACGUACCUGAACCUGUCCGAGAAGCAGGUGAAAAUCUGGUUCCAAAACAGGAGGGUGAAGCACAAGAAAGAAGGCAAAGGCACUCAGCGAAACUCGCACGGGGGCUGCAAGUGCAGCACCAGCCAGGGCCAUUACCCCCGGUCGGAGGAUGAAGAGUCUCUAUCCCCCUCAUCGGCUACCGAGGAUAAAGAGAUCUCCCCGCUAUGAGCCCGGCUCGGAGCUCGGCUCCCGCCGCCGGCCCCAGCCCGGAGCGAGGUGGCGGCACAGCUGGCACAGCUGGCACCGCUGCCCACGGACCGCUGACCUGCGGCGGGCUGGCACCCCCCGCCGCGGAGGGUUAAUUGUCAUCCAUUCGCAGUAAUAGAAAGAUAUAUAUAUAUAUAAAUAUAUUUUCGGAAUGUAAAUGUUUUAGUCAUGGGAGUUCAAACGAAACGUUAUUUAUGUAACCCCAGGAGAGUGCACCUGCUUUUUCUAAAAUGUAACAUGGGACAAGGCUCGCAUGGCCCGGGGUGCCUUCCUCUGUAUCCCCCCCAGGCAAUUUAAAGGAAAAAAAGAAACACAUUCAAAAUCGAAAGGCGAGACUUUUUUUACAGCUAAAACCUGUAGAGAACCUUCUGGAUGGACUUAUUAACAAAAUUAAGAAAUGACAUAAAAAUCGCCCGUUUGGGUUUGGGACGGUUGUUUGUCUGUGAAUAGUUUUAUAUAAAAAUUAUAUUUAUA